AUGAACACCUGGUGGUGCUCUCCCGGCACUGGCAGUGGUCAACUGGCGCUUCUCAACCCAAAUGUACGCGAGACAGCCAUCGAAAUCGGACCUAUUCCUUCAUGGGAUGCGCAGGUCGCGGAAACCUUGCUCGAAUAUUUCCCUCAAUUGGAAGAGGCUUACGUUGGGGGAAGUAACUGGAUGCCCUUGUUAUCCAAAUACCCCCAUCUGAAGACACUCAGGCUCUGCUAUCUGACCCACGUAUACGCGGGUUCCCGCCGUUCUAGUGGGCACCCCUUCGCUCCGGGCUCGAAGAUGCCCGAGUUUAAGGUACAUUACAGAUUCAAUCAGGAUGGCGGAUAUUCGCACCCCGUUCCAAUCUCUCCCUCUCCGUUCUGUCUCCCGGCGCUCCAGGUGCUCAACAUCGAGUGCGAUGAGCUCGGACACGCGCCAUACAUCUUCCCCUCCAUGCAACUCCCUGCGUUACGCACCCUCUCUUACGCAUUCGACCCUAACGUCUUCAAAAACCACCUCGACGUCCCGCUCCGUGCCAUCGCCACCGCAUUUCCCCAUCUCACCACCCUCAAGCUCUCCGUUGUCAGUUCGAAGGGACUCGAGCACGUCCUAUACCGUGCAGCGUACCCCCAGCCGCCGUCGAUCACGUCCAUCUCCCAGCGCGUGCGUCUCGGCGAGAUGCUCGCCCCACUCGCCCCCCUCCGCGACCUCAGCGCGUUGCGCAUCAUCCCAACGGACAUCCACUUCGACUACGGCGGCGCGGACCUCCUCGCCAUCGCCGCGGCCUGGCCUGCGCUCCUCGAGCUGAAGAUCGUGGUGGACCAGGUCGGCGAUACCGACGGCCUGGGCGCCGAGGUCGCGUCGCUGGACGUGCUCGCCGAGCUCGCGCGCGCAUGUGCCGGGCUGCGCGUGCUGCACCUCCCGCGCACCCUCAUCGUCCCCGACGCGUUGGCCGCGGCGCUCGCUGAGAUCACGCCGCACCACGCCCUUCGCGAUCUUGCGCUGGGCUGUGGCGAAGUGCUCGGUGGGCAAGACCUGCAGGAGGCAAAGCGGACGGGGCGCGCGUUCCUCCGGGAGUUAUUCCCGGAUGCGAAGCUUGUUGCAUUCUCUUGA